AUGAUAUGUACGAUGGCAAAAUGGAUUAUUCCUAUUAUCCAAGUAAUAUUCAUAAAAGAGUGUUGCAGUUUUUACCAUGAACUAUCAAUGAAAUCGACUGAUAUAACAAUGCCUGAUGAUUCUUUAUUUGGUUACAGUGUUACAUAUCAACCUCAGAUCCAAAGCUUAGUGAUAAGUGCACCCACAGCAGACAAAAUCGGUCAAGUCUUCAUUUACGACAUAAAACGUAGCAAUUCGACAAAGGUCGAGUUUGAUCUAAAAAUAGAAGAUAAAAAUUAUACAGGCUACUGGCUCGGUGCAGACGUUAAAGCUGGUAGCUCUUUUUUUACGACCUGCGCUCCACGUUAUGUAGCUAAAGAAGGUACCCAGAAUGGCACGUUUGGGCGAUGUUUCGUAAAAUCCUUCGAAAAACCACAAAGUGUGCAAAUAAUGCAAGCAAUGUCGAAAAGCGACCGGGCGGUUUACGGAAAUAAGUUUGAAAACUUAAUGGAUUCUUUCGGAUGGAGUAUUGAUGUCACAUCUCAAAACAACAUACUGAUCGGUGGCCCUGCAAUGUCAAAAGGCCGUGUAAUUCAAUAUAGGAAUAUUUCAGACUACCCAUUACUAAUAAGACCACAGAAUAACACUGCAAAUAAGGACUUCUUCAACUUCGGUUACAGCAUAUCGAGCGGGAAUUACUUUUCCUCAGACCAAAAGAAUAUCUCCUAUGCUAUAAGCACAACGUAUGGAAAUAAAGGAAUUGGACAGAUACAUUUCUACAAUGAAAGCGGGAUAUAUUUAAAAUCACUGAUCGAUAGUGAACCUGGAUUGGCCACGCUUUUUGGUGCAGCCCUGUGUACGGCAAAAUUAGGUGGAGAACAAGCAUCCUUACUUAUAGGAGCCCCGGCUUACGUACCUGAUGACGCCCACGACGUAGACCUUGGCGCUGUCUACAUCUAUUUGCCAAAUAAUGAGAAUUUGGUGUUAAAGAGGACUAUCAGGGGACAAGAGUUUGGGGGGCGGUUUGGUAGUGCUAUCGUAAAUAUCGGCGACAUGGAUUCAGAUGAUAAAGACGAUAUAGCAAUUGCAGCUCCUUACGAAAGUGAUGGCAAUGGUGCUGUAUACAUAUACACAGCAGAUAACAUACUAAGUGAUAAAAUGAUGAUAAAAUACGCGCAAAAAAUACAACCCAAGGGAUACAAGGGUUUUGGCCUUAGCAUGACCGCUCUGAAAGAAUACAACGGAAAUGGAUGCAACGAAUUAGCAGUUGGGGCCCCGUACAGCAAUGCUGUUUUUAUGCUGAAUUGUUUUUCAUCAAUUAAUGUCAAACUAUUUACCGUGCUGCCUAACCUACAGAAUCAGAUGGCCACGGAUAAAGAAAAGUUUUCUAUUCAAACAUGCCUUAACGUGUCGUUUGCUAACAGGCCCAAAAAUAUUGUAGCAAAUAUAUUAGUUAAAGUUAGCACUAUGCAUCCGAGCGCUAGAUUAGAGGAGAGUAAAAACGGCAUAUUUUCAUAUAUCGAGACCUUACGCCGAAAUAAAACUAUAUACUGCAAAGAUGUCGUAAUUUUAUCUCCGUUGGAUAAAAAUAUCGAACUGUAUCCGAUACAAAUAACCGUGAAUGCUCAAUUGGAAAAAGAUCCAAGGCUGUUAAAGGAAUUUAAUCCUGAACGUGUUAUACUAGGCGACCGGAGCGUACUCUCUGUUAUAGAAAUAAUUUGGGUAUCAGGGUGUAGUUCCACGUUUUGCAUACCAAUAUUGCAUACCAGGAUUAUGUCUUCCAUGACAUCCCCCUACGUUGUCGGUUCGUCAAAUGCGGAGAACGUUUCCGUGUCGAUCACGAACUUGGGCGAGACAGCUUACAGUGCGUGUGCUCGCAUCAGAGUCGGGAAGGUGAGGAUUCUACAAGCGCCCGGCUGCCGGCGAGACGGGAGUGCAACUUUGAUUUGCGAGCCACGAAACCCGUUGAGGACUAAUCAGACUUGGAACACUGGCAGCAUUAACCUCGAUACCAAAUCAUUGACGAGCCGGGACGGAAAAAUCACCAUCUCCGUAGACACCUACAACCACUGUGGCAACGUCACCAACGGAACUCCGGAAGAGAGGGUCGUCGAUCUAAAAACAGAUAUCGAUGGAUUAUCUUUCAUGAGCGAAGCAAUACCCGGUGAUGUAGUGAACAUUUCCUACGUAAACUUGAAUACUGAUUUAAGUCACUUGUACACGAUUAUUAACAAUGGUGUUACAAAUUGGGUUGGUGUCAGAUUUCUGAUUGCGCUAAACAAUUCUUUUGCGGAAAUUAGAAGCCCAAUAUUAAUUCUGACAGAUGGUGAGAAAAGAGAAUGUUACCUGAAUAUGCAAAAGGGAGCUGUUGAUAAAGUCGUAACGUGUGCCAUCAGCGAGAUAAGGAAAAAUCAAAAGAUUUACAUUAUGGUUAACUUAAAUAUUCCACCACUGUCUAAUGAUUUAUUGAAUGAAUAUAAAAAUGUUAGUGUUACGUCUGUGCUGCACUCAGUGGAAGAUUAUGAAAUUAAAACGAUAGGAGUGAACACUACACUAGUGAAAGUUCAUUCACCAUAUGUACCGAUAUGGAUUUAUAUAGGCGCUGGUUUUGUCGCAGUCUUGGUUCUGCUUGUUAUAGUCAUUAUAUUUUACGAGUGUGGCUUCUUGCAAAGAAAGAAUAAAGUGUUGCUGAAAGACCUCAAACGGGAUGUUAGAAGACAAUCAAUGAGGCGAACAAUGAUAUUGCGUGAACAAAUGCGGGCUGAGCGUAAUCAACCGUCUGAGGAUGCCAAAGAGCUCAUAGAAAAUAGGGAAGAUGGAAAUGAAAUAAAUUGUGAC